CUUGUAAUCCAUGUUCCAUGAGUGAGCCCCUUAGAGCUGGGGGUGUCUGUGCUGUGGAGGACUGUGCAGAGGUAAUGAGUUCUCCAAACUCUGGGAAUGCUUAUUAAUCCCUGGACUAAACUCUCUAACCUCUCAAGCAGGACUGCCUUGCAGGUUAAUGCUUCUGGCUUCCUCUGACGUGGUUUAUUGGAGCUCUCUGGUUGCUGCAUGGCACUCUCCUGUCCUCUCAUGUCCCUGCCUGGGACACACCUCAGGUGGGCCUGUAGCUGUCACCUCUGGGCCUUUCCUUUGGCACGUGGGAUGUGCAUCACUGGGUGGAGCUCAGUGCUCUCUCUUUUGGGUGCCCUGUAUUGCUUGUGUGUCACCAGAGUGGAAACACAGAGACUUGAAAGGAAGAAAAGCCUUGUCCCAGCCCUGGGUGGGUCCCAGAGCACAGCCCAAGGGCCCAAGGGUGCUGCAGGCUCAGAUCUGGUGGAGUGAGCAUGGAUUAUGGGGCUAGGUCUGGAGUCAGGGCAGGGGGUGGUGGUGUCACCAUGUCCCAUGACCAAGCAGUAAUUUGCACUUUGAGUCUUGUCCAGAUUUAGAUGUUCCCCCUGUGCCUCUCACUGUGCUGGAGCUGUUCCAGAUCUCUCACACAUCACUGGAGCUCUGCUGGUUGGGAGCAAAUCAUGGCUGUGGGCUCUGAGGGCUUUCCUGUGCCUCCUGCAUGGUCACAGGAACACAGGAGCGACAAUAACCCACCAGUGUAACCCAGUUCAGUGCUGAAGCCUUCCUAAUGUAGGCUUUGGAGCAUGUGCAGGAAUUUCAGCCCUUUUUCAAGGGAGAAGUGCCCUGUCCACCUGCCAGCCAACUUCUCCAGUGGUCUGGGCAAGCAGAGGAUGUGGAAGGGAGGCUGCUGCUGCUCUAGCUUUUCUCCUCUGAGUUCUUAGCAGCCAGAACCUAUGCCUGUGGCAUUGGUGAUGAUUGUGUUGGGAGUGUUUAAUUCAUUAUCCAGUGACCUUUCUACAUGAAUCUUAGAUUGGCCCAAAAAUCCAAAUAUAAAAUGUCAGGAAGGAAAUAUUUGCAUCCAAUUUUAAUCUUAUUCUAGGAAUUUGAAGGGUGAAGUCAUUUGAUGUGCAGUGAGAAGGGAGGAGCAGAGGUUCUUCCCAUCUUUCACACUCCCUUGUUCAGGAACGACCAGCAGAGGUUUCUAAAGAGAUGUAGGUGUGUUCCUCUUAAACUCUUCCUGCUUGACACUGCUUGAGCUAAAAUCUUACACAGCCUGUGGUGAGGAGGUGCAGAAACAGAACCCCUUCAAGCAGCCUUGAGCUGUGGGUGUGGUUCUGACCUCCUGCAGAAGGUCCUUACAUCAAACUCUCAAAAAUUGUGGAGUGUAUGGAAUUGAUACUGCAUUCAGCUACUUUCUGUGCACUUCAGCUUAAAAGGAAGUGGAUGAGUUCAGUGUGCUGAGUUUUGUGUUGUUGCUUUUAAUUCUAGAUCUUCAUCUGAGUUGGGGCUCCCUCUUUAGUUCUGCUGAGUCCCAAAGUGAGGUUGUGUUAUAUCUGCCAGGCAGAAAUGUUUCUUUCUUGUAGUCUUGUGGUGUUCUGCAAGAACCUCACACUGCAGGACUUUACCCUGUGAUGGUUCCUUCAUCCUGACCACCCACUGGGGGAUGGAAUCCAGUGGUGAGAGUGCUGAGCUGUCUCUGGCUGGUACCUGCAGCAGCCUAAAAUCUACACUUGCCAGUUGCUGGUGGUAAAAAUCUGCCAGUGUGGUACACCAUGGCUCAUUCUCAAUUCCAGAGGGGGAGGCUUUUUGUACCCCUGGGGCAGCUUCCUCAUGGUGUAAAUCUUGUUACUGAGAAAAGCUGAGCCCUUGGGUAGGGAAGCGCAGAGCCCACGCCCUGAGUGAUGUGGCUGUCACCAGCUGUGUUCUGGCUGAAACAUCAUCUGCAUCUUUCACUGAAUUUGGGCUGCGUGCUGAGUGGAGCAUCAGGCAGGGACAGUGCUGGAGUCCUGCUUCAGAGAUACUCGUAAGGAAUUCAGCAGAGUCAUCCUUCAGCUCAUCUCUUUCCCUGAUGGUUUUCAUCAUAUUUUCCCGCAAAUAACUUGUGUUAUAUUUGGAAAUGGUGCUUCAGCUUGCUAACAGCCAGUGAAUAUGAAAAAGCAGGAGAAGGGGUUGCCAAUUGACAGGGAUCUUUAUUAAUUUGGAAAAUAUGGGUUAGGGAGCCACUUUUCCAUGGAGAUACGGGAUGGUUGCACUCUGACAAGUGAGAAAAUGGUGAUUGUAGCCUGUUUUGUAUUUGGGGGAAUGCCUGUUGUUGGUAAUCCAGAAUUUUGUGGUCUCCUGGAGAAAUGAAACUAGGAAAAGAUCAGUUAAAAGCAUUGCCCGACCUUUGUGUGAAGUCCUGUGCUAAAUGAGCCCAAGGGUUGUGAAUAAAUUAGGAGUUACAUAAGUCAGGAGGGGAAUGAAAGGGCUGAGGGAAAUCUGAAUUCAACCACACUCUAAUGAUUUCUCUUGGAAUGAGUAUUUCCCAUUAAGUUAAAGUAGUAUUAUGAAAAGCCAGGAGACUGACGUGCAGAAGUGGGAUAAUUUGAAUCGUACAUUUGAAAAUAUUUUUAUAAGCUCCUUGCCUUUUCCCUGUCAAUUUUUUUGACAAGUCUUGUUUGAAAAAAAUAAUUGUGCUGAAAACUUCUGGAUUUUUUUUUCAUUUUGGUCUUGUGUGUUUAAUAUGAAGUAAUAGUACUCUAGAUGUAUAUCUGCAUGACUGAAACCAGUUUAAUAUCAUUUAAUUAGACAUGGGGAAACUGAGUAGGUUGUCCUGCUGCUUCCUGGGUCAUAGCAAGGCCUGGGGAAGGUGGGCAGCUCUGCAGGGAGGGUUUGGAUUGGGCAGGAGGAAGGUUUGAUGUUUACUGGCCAUAUGGAGAAGCCUCUGAGGAAGGAUUGACCAACUCUGGAGGACAGAGCUCAUCCUUAGCCAGUCUGGGUAACUGUAUUCAACACAGAUUUGCUUCUCUGAGGCAAACAUUCUUGCCUGAUUGCAGCCUUGACCCUUUAAAAACAGCCCCACCACCAGUGUAGAAACAGUUACAAGUUCCCCUACACCACAAACUGUGUCCAAUAUGAUUAAUUUGAUAUGUUUUAAGGCAUUGAUUUACUGCAUAUUCCCACAGUAUUCCCAAGACCAGGAUUAUCCUGAUCUUUUGUGGUAUCUCUGGGAGGUGAAUCCCAAUGUAGUACUUUGCUAUAGCAACAGAAAUAACACGAUUUGUCAUGGCAGAGCUGCUCUCCAGUGUCUCAGCUGUGGAUCAAACAGCUCAGGUAACUGGGGGCUCAGUGUAGCUCUGGAAUUCCUGUGCCUGCUCCUCAAGGGCUGAGGCAGCUCAUUCAGUGCUUGGUUAUUGUCAUGAAAAUGCUCAGAGUGAAACCAAAAGGAGUUUCAAGGUGGGUGGCUGCUGGUCUGUGCUGGGACUUGGAUUGUCUCCAGUACUCAGGAAACAGAAGCAGCAGGUGGUUCUGUUUAGGGCAGGGAUGUUCCUUUUGGGGCAGGUCCUUGCAGUGGCAGGAACUUUCCCUGUAGCCUUUGGUCCUGAAGAAAUACCUUCUGUCCUCUGCUUCCUCUGCCUAUUUAGUCAUAACUUCCUUCAUGUUUGCUUAUGUUUUUAGCCAAGGUUUGGCAUCAUUUCAGUGUAACUGUUCUGGAAGAGCUGCUCCCAUCUCCCUGGGGAGCAGCUCUGCUGAUGUAACACUGUGAGGAGAGGGCAGGGCCGUGCCUGUGUCUCUCUUGGCAGUGCCAUGCAGGGCUGGGAACCCUUCCUGCAUCCUUGUUCCCUUCCACUCAGGCUGAAAGCAAUAAACCUGCACAGACUGUCAGGGCAGUGCUGUUCCUGUUGACCAAGGUGUGCCCCACACUGAUUGUGUAAGUCAUCCUGGUGAUACAGGGAGCAGCAUUAAUAGAAAGUGCUUUGGGUUUAUUUUAUCCUUUCAUGAGUACAUCCAGCUAGGUAGCAAAGUCAGGUAUAGCAAAUUUGUUAGCAAAUGCUAAAAUCCAGUUCUUCCAUCAAGCUGUAUUUUUGUUGCAUGGUUUUCAAUUAAAAGAAAAAGCACAAGUGGAUUUGUGCUCUGACUUGCAGAUUCUGUGAGGAUAAAUAUAGUCAGCACUUCCCCCCUCAGCAUCACUAUGGUGCAGUUCUUUGGCACAUUCCUCCCCAAAUCUGUUCAGAAAAGGGAAAACAUUCCCUCUUGGUCCAAGGGCUGAGCAGGCUGCAAGAGCAGAAGUGUCUGACAAGUGCUGGAAGCUGCUCAGAGCUGCAGGUGAAGCCAUGAUCCCACGGCUCAGGCAGGAAAUGUCCUCUCCUGGCAGCCCCUGGGGUGCUCCCAGCAGUGAGAUGGAGCCAGAUCUGAGUCCCCGUUUCAAAGCCAGGUGGCUGCAGGCACUGCCUUUGCUGAAUGUUCCUCAGGCUGUGGGGAGCAAUAAACAGAGCUUUGACCACUCGAGCAACUGAGAUCAGGCACAAAUGUGAUCACUUGGCAGCUGCAGCUUGGAGAAAUGAGCUCAGGGUUUGAAUUCCGAGGUCUUGAAUCCUGGUGCUGUCACCUGCUCGCCAAAUGGCUUCAGCUCAGAUAUUAAUGUGUUUUCCAUUUGUUGGCUCCUCUGAUCUCGUGGAGGCAGACGGUGGACGGGUGUCAGGCCUGUGAACAUGGAACAAUGAGCAUCUGAGGGACUCAGGGGUGUCAGAUUUCUUUCUGGGUUUUGGAGCUUUGUAAUAAAUACGGGAAAACACAGGAGAGGCAGAUAAAAAUGCUUAACAGCGCCUUAAUUCAUUAGGUAUGGGUUGGUUUGGCAGUCUUACCCAAGAAAUAGCUGUGAUCUCUCUCUUCUCUUCUUGUAUCUUCACUUGUCCUCACAGGAACCUCAGUCCUGGCAUGGAGGAGCAUUUCCAUGCUUGUGUUUGCAACACAAAUCAUGCCAGUGGUUUUAAGAGUGAUGUUUUCUUGUGAACUUAGCUUGAGAAACCUGGCCUGCUGUGGUUGCUGUCAUCAUACCCAUCUUCACUGCUGUGUUAAAACCCAGCAGACCACAGACCGAAAAGGAAGUUUGCUCAGUGUCCUUUGGGGGAAGCAGUUGCCCCCUUGUUUGCUUUUGGAGGUGUAAGAUCCUUCCCUUGAUUACAGGUGGUGAGUUUGUGUUGUUUGAGUGGGUGUAGCCAGUGAAAUCUGAAAUCAUUGUGCUUUCAGUGCCAUGUGUUGUUGUGACAGACAGCCUUCGCCUGGCUUGGCACGAGGCCUUCUGGCCCUUUGUGCUGGUGCAAUGGAGGAGCAGUUUUAUUGAACUGGGAGAGAGGAGUGUGGGGAAGGGAGAGGCCAUGGCCAUGCACAGUCUGCCUCGCUCCUCAGUGCAGCCCUGGAUCAGAGCAGACCCUUUAGUCCUGUCCACUUACCAAGAUGAGCACAGGCAGCAGCUCUUACCUUGAAUUCCUCUCCUCCAUCGACCAGGAAUUGUGUUUUGCUCCAACACCUUCUUUGUUGCUCUUUAAUCCGUUGCCCAGCAUUGGGGGUAGGGAUGUUUUUUGACCCAGACUCCACUAUGUUCCUUCCCCUGCAAAAGUUCAGACAGCUCUGCUUCGUGCCUCAGUGUCAAACCUCAGCUUGGCUUUCUGCAAGUGGCACCCUUGGUUUGUGUGUCUGCAAAGUUUUGAGCUCCCACUGGAAGUUUUCCAUGUGAUUGAGAUGUUUACAGCUUGACUUUCUCUCGUCAUUUCGCCCUUGCUUAGUAAGGAUUAAAUUCACAGGGCAGUUUCUGUGUUCUUGGAAAACACUCUCUCCUCUCUGGAACUUUGUUUGCUACCAAGGAUGAUGGACCUUUGUUUGAAUCUCUUGAUUGUUUUGACCCCUUCCAGAAAUCUGACAUAAACAGGAUGAGCUCAAAUCUAAUUCCCAAAGGGAACUGGGAUUAAAGCUUGCUCUUGUUUGUUCAUUUGCUUCUUGGAGCAGUUGGAAUGAGUUUGAUAACAUGGUGUCAUUUUUAGCCAGAGAGGAGCACCCCAGGCUUGUGCAUCUGUGAAAAUGAUUGGAUUUUCUCCUCUCUCCCCUUUUGAUGUACUGAAUGAGGAGUCUGAAUUUUCAACAGGACAGCUCUUGGUUUCUCAUAGGCUCUUAGGGAGCCCAGUGCUGCCAAGGCCACCACUAAGCCCUGUCCCCAGGUGCCCCAUUUACACAGCUUUUAAAUCCCUCCAGGAAUGGGGACUCCACCACUGCCCUGGGCAGGCUCUGCCUAGGCCUGACAACCCCUCCCAUGAGGACAUUUCCCCCAAUAUCCAACCUAAACCUUCCCUUGCACAAUUUGAGGCUGUUCCCUCUUCUCCUGUCACUUGUUCCCUGGAAGCAGAGCCAGCCCCCCAUGCUGUAUUGAAACAGUCCCAGGAGUGUUGAGUGUUGCAAAAUUCUCAUCUUUAAAAAUGCACCUCAUUCCUGAGCACAGGGACUCCUCACUGUCUCCCUCUUCCCAGACAGUGCAGCUGAAGGUGAGCCCCGUGGAUCCCGUCCCUGUGGAUCCAUUCCUGCAGGUGUUGGUUGCUGACUCCAGGCACCUGUUUCCCUUCCAGAGCCUGCAGUGGGGUUUGUACUGAGUGAACAAACCAGCCCUUAUCCACCAGAGCAGCCCUGUGCUGUCAUGAACCUGCCCUGCCUGCAGCUGAGUGAGACUCCCUUGCCAGGAGCAGCCAAAGCCCCUGGAAGGUUGUGUCUCACUGUGGGUUUCAGUGGCAGCAUAAAGAUAACAAAUAAGGAGAAAUCCUCCAUGUCCAACAAGAUCAGAUGCUGUUGUCUGUGUCCUCUGGAGAUGCUGAGUUUAUGAAAUUCUCCUCCAGUGACAAGUGUGAUAUCAAUCAGGCCUCUAGGAUUGGAUCCUACAAAGCUUGCUGGGGGGAAUUUCUUUGAAGAUGUCAACAAAACAAGCAGGAUUACAGUUCUUGUGUUACAUCUGUGUUGCUUACACACUGUGCUUAAGGGACACGCUGGAAGAGAUUUGAUUGCAUUAUGUUAACAUAGAAUUCUUGGGAUACUUUUUUUCAUCCUGUUAUAUCUGAAUGUCCCUUUAAUGGAGAAAUUUACCUGUUGGGAUAGGACAAGAAGUAGAUGUUAUAAAUUAAAUACAGGAUCAAUUUACUUUAGGUAGUGGGAGGAAACUCUUCCCUGUGGCUGUGGUGGGGCCCUGGCACAGAGUACUCAGAGCAGCUGUGGCUGCCCCUGGAUCCCUGGAAGUGUCCAAGGCCAGGUUGGACAGGGCUUGGAGCAACUUAGGACAGUGAAAGGUGUCCCUGUUCCAUGGAGGAACUGGUUUUUAAGUUCCCUCCCAACCCAGACCAUUCUGGCAUUCUGUUGUCAUUAUGUUGUUUUUGGAGGGAGGAGUUCCUCUGAAUCUGCAAAUCUGAUGAAAACUGUUUUCUACUUUGACUUGUUAAAAAAAGGAUAAAACAUGGGCUGGUGUUGACAAUGCUGGCAUUUCCAGGCAGGCUCAGAUGGCAGCUCCAGCUGGGAUGUUCCCAUUCCAGAGAGCAGACCAGCAUCCAUGCCACAUCCAGAGCCAGAGCAUGGCCCUGAACCCACAGUCCUCUAUAUGCAGCGUGACCUGUGUUUGAUACCAAAGCCUUAGGAUGAAUUUUCCCAAGAUUUAUUCAUUUAUAGCACCGGGGGGGGAAGUAUUUGCUCAUAUCCAAUAGCUUUAUGCAGUUAAAAAGAAGGGAAUCUGGAGAAGCCUGGCUGGCCACGUGCUCCCUGCCUCUGCAGGGCUCUGGGAAGGGAUGGCUGUCAGGGUUUGUUUGGGUCUGAGCAAUUUUUCACAAGCUGGGAGAAAGGUUUUCCCAUUUCUUGGGGAGAGGUAAGCAAAACAGGUACAGCAGGUCAGUUUGGGAAUCUCAUUUCAUUUCUGAGUGCAGGGAAUCAUUACUAACCUAAUUUCCUCUGAGAUUGGGUUUUCUAAGGUGUGACUCUUGUGUGAGCUGUUUAUUUUUUCCAUCCUGCUGGAGGUUCCUGCUCUGUCCUCUCCAUGAGAUUUUCCUCUCUGUGUGGAAGUGUUUUAUGCAAUAACCCUCUCUGCUUUGGGGUCUGCAGCCUGUGCUGUGACCAGUCUGUGAAGGAGUUUGUGACCUGCCUCAAAAAGAAAAUAAAUGUCACGAGGUGCAGGGGGCUGGGACAGGGACACAGCAGGAUUUGCCCUGGCAGUUAGCUCUCCGUGUGGCACCACUGCUUGCAGCCCUGCUGAGUGGCAGGAACUGUGGGAAUUCUGUGACUUGGAAGCUCAUGUUCCUUUCAAAGCAUGCUGGUGUGCAGGAAAGGCUCAGCAGGGACCCCAGACCUGGGAGGCUCCCAAGGUCCAAGCCACAUUUACCUGCUGGGAAAGAUCCUGUUGUCAAUGCCAGCAGUAGGACAAACUUUCCUCAAGGAAGUUCCUUCAAAGGAGAAGUCAUGAGCUGAGCUUGGAGAGUCCCAUUUCCCCCUUUGGCUGCUCCCCAUGUCCCACCUGGCAGCCAGUGGGCAAGGGGUGGCCCCAAGCCUGUCCCUGUCCCUUCACCAUCGUGGCUUUCCUUGGCCAUGGAGCGAGGCCACCCCAGUGCCCAGCAGCAUGUUCUGCUGCCCCAGCUGGCUCCAGGGGGAUCCAAGUGGGGUUGGCACUGCUGCCGUAGCUGUGCCACAUGCCUGGACAUGCCGCUUGUCACCUAGAUGUCACACGAGGUUCCAUUCAUAAUGAAAUGGUGGUUCGGUUUAAAACAAAGGCAUCGCUUUUUGCGUGGAAUAUUCUCCUCUUACCUGCAAGCGGAGUUCCUUUUGGCCCAGAAUAUUUGUUGUUCCUUAAGAUCCUGAUUUGUUUCCUUUUUAAAUUGCCUGCUUACAAGUGCCUCAUUGCCUCCUCGGAGCGGGGCCGUCACCAGGAGCUCUCCCAGCCCCCAGCAGGAGUCAGAGCUGCUCCGAUGGCUCCCUGGUUCUGCAGGGCAGAGCACGGUCAUGGGGUGGAGGGCGUUAUGAUCCUGGACUUGUUGUGGUGAUGGUAAACUUAGCAGUGGUUUGCACUGGAAAAGGGAGGACAGAUCCCAUCCCUAUCGUUGUCAAGUAUGAUGUCAUGGGCAUGGGCCGGAUGGAGAUGGAGCUCGACUACGCCGAGGAUGCCACAGAGCGGAGGCGAGUGCUGGAGGUGGAGAAGGAAGACACCGAGGAGCUGAGGCAGAAGUACAAGGAUUAUGUUGAUAAAGAAAAAGCCAUUGCCAAGGCUUUGGAAGACCUCAGAGCAAACUUCUACUGUGAACUCUGUGACAAGCAGUAUCAGAAGCACCAAGAGUUUGACAACCACAUAAACUCCUAUGACCAUGCUCACAAGCAGGAAGGAACUCGGGAUUAUUGCCCAACAGGGAUGAUAGCUGAUGUAUUGAAAGCAAACCCUUCUAAUUUGGGAGUCCAGAUCACAAGAAGGUUGAAAGAUCUCAAGCAAAGGGAAUUUGCUCGCAAUGUCUCGUCGAGAUCCCGGAAAGAUGAGAGGAAGCAGGAGAAAGCCCUGCGGCGCCUGCACGAGCUGGCUGAGCAGAGGAGGCAGCCUGAGUGUGCUCCUGGAAGUGGGCCCAUGUUCAGGACCACCACGGUGGCUGUGGACGAGGAGGGUGGAGACGAUGAUGAUUCCGCAGCCAACAGUGGCUUCGUCCAGACGAGCUCCGGCCAGGCCACAGAGAUGACCACGGACAGAGGCUUCCUGAACACUGGACAGGGCACUGUGAUGUCAGGCCAGACAUCACAGGGGGCACAGGCCAUCAGCUUUGGCAUUAAGAGCUCUCUGGGAACUCCACUACAGAAGAUCGGCGUGUCCUUUUCCUUUGCCAAGAAGACCCCAGUGAAGCUGGAGACCAUCGCUUCUGUUUUCAAGGACCACGUGGAUGAGUCCAGUUCUGCAGACGGGGCAAAAGGUGAUGAGAAGGGGUCCUCGGAGGCUGGCAGCCUGCAGAAGUCUGGGGAGGGUGAAGGCACCAGUAAUUCUGAUGGCAAGGCGGAGGACGAUGACCAGCACGACAAGGACAGCGGGGCUCUGGCCAGCACUUUAUCCAAACUGAAGAAGAUGAGGCGAGAAGAUGGACCAACGGCCGUGGAACCAGAAUAUUACCACUACAUCCCCCCAGCCCAUUGUAAAGUAAAGCCCAACUUUCAAUUCCUGCUUUUCAUGAAGGCUACUGAGCAAACGGAAGCGGAAAAUGGGAACAAAAAAAACGCGCACGAAGCGAAAAAGGGGAGUUCCCCCAAACCCAAACCCAGCAAGCACAUGGAAAAGGCUGCUGAGAGUACGGGGCAGCAGAAGGAGCAGAGUACUACUGAAACUGCAGCUCAGCAGGGCAAAACAGAACGAAAAGACAUCCCAGAGAAUGAAAAUACACAGGAGAGUAAGCACCUUCCAGAGAGCAAUCCCCCGGAGCCAGACACUGCUAAAGAAGCUCCUCCUCCUGCCUCAGGCUGCAGAGAUGGCUCUGAGGGACCAAAGCACCCCACGGGACCUUUUUUCCCUGUUCUGAGUAAGGACGAGAGUACAACACUGCAGUGGCCUUCAGAACUGCUCAUCUUCACCAAAGCUGAGCCCUCUGUGUCCUACAGCUGCAACCCCCUGUACUUCGACUUCAAGCUCUCCCGUAACAAGGAUGCAAAAGGGAAAGAGGCAGACAAAUCCAAGGAUCAUGGGGGGCUUUGUAAAGACAAUGCUCAGAGUGCAGAACCUGGUGAGGUGAGCAAAGCCAAGGAGGCUGAAAGUGUAGAGAAUAGUUCCGCUCAAAAGAUGGAAAACAAAUCCCAGAGCAAGCAGGAGUCCAGUCUGGGAAGCAUCAGUAAGGGAGAGGGGGCGGACAGCAGUAAGACUAUAACGGGUAAGAGUAAAUCUGGAAGGUCCCAUAAACACAAAAAGAAAAAGAAGCACAAAAAGUCCAGCAGACACAAACGCAAACACAAGGAGGAAGCUGAGGAGAAGGCCCGGAAAGCUGAACUGGGGGAAGAGAAACCCAAGAAACGGAAAAGGCACAGGCACAAAAAAGGUAAAUCCUCCCUUUCGACGGAGUCAGAGCGGGCGCUGAAACCUGAACCGUCUGAAGACUGCAGCCAUUUCCAGAAGAAAAAGCGAUGUUCCCAGGAGUCCCAGAGGAAAUCCCUGUCUGCUGAGGAGGGAAGCAGCAGUAAAAAAGAGGAUGGGGGUAACUCCUGCCAAGAGCAUGGGAGCAAAAGACACAAGGCUGAGCUGCAACAGGUGCCUGGCGCGAGGAGGCGCUGCCCAGCGCUGGCUCAGGCCCGGAGCAGCUGCCGGAGCCGGCAGAGCAGCGGCGACGACGACAGUGACGAGGGUUCCCCUGGCAAGCACUGCCACCAGAAGUCCCCGUCGCAGUACAGCGAUGACUACGACUCGGGCAGCGAGCACUCCCGCAGCCGCUCCCGCUCGGGCCGCAGGCACUCCUCGCACAGGUCCUACUCCACCAGCUCGGACGCGUCCUCGGAGCACAGCCGCUACAGCCGCCACAGGAGCUACUCGGACGACAGCUACAGCGACUACAGCGACCGUUCCCGCUGCCACUCCAAGCGCUCCCAGGACUCGGAGGAUGACUCCGACUACAACAGCUCAAACCACCGCUCGAAGCGGCGCAAAUACUCCUCGUCAGAAGAUGACUACAGCUCGAGCAGGAGCAGGUCCAGGAGUCGGAGCAGGAGCCGAACUCACCCUCGAGGCAGGUCGAGAUCGAGGAGCCGGGGCAGGAGCCGCAGCAGCAGCUGCAGCCGCAGUCGGAGCAAGAGGAGGAGCCGCAGCGUGACGGGCCGCAGCUGGAAGCGCAGCCGCAGCUACAGCCGGGACCGCAGCCGCAGCACCCGCAGCCACUCGCAGAGGUCCCUGUCACGGAAGGGCUCGCGGGGCCACGAGAGCCCCGAGGAGCGAAGGUCCGGCAGAAGGGACUUCAUUAGGUCCAAGAUCUAUCGCUCCCAGUCUCCUCACUAUUUCCGGACGGGCCGAGGUGAAGGGUCGCUGCCGAAGAAGGAGGAUGGCAAAGGAGAGGAUCUGAAAGGAUCUGGCUCCCUGUCCCAGAAUAGCAGCGGCUCUGGCAUGGGGCGGGCCUCGGAAGGGGACUGCAGUCCUGAGGAGAGGAACUCCGUCACCGCAAAGCUGCUCUUGGAAAAGGUGCAGUCCAGGAAGGUUGAGAAGAAGCCCUGCGUCACUGACGAGAUGCUGUCAGGGGCAAACAAAGUGGGCAUAAAGCUCAAAGAUCCUCCCCAGGGCUACUUUGGCCCCAAACUGCCUCCUUCCUUAGGCAACAAACCGGUUCUGCCCUUAAUUGGGAAGUUGCCAACCAUUCGGAAACCAAACUCCAAAAGAUACGAGGAGUCUGGCUUGGAGAGGGGCGAGGAGCAGGAGCUGUCAGAUGCCGAGGAUAGUUCCCAAGGCAUGGAGGAGGGUCAGCUGGCCGGCCAGUCUCUCCUGGAAGAUGUGGUGAUGGUAAUUCAGGACAAACCUCUGGAUGAGCAGAAACGUGACGAAGCCUCUGGGGAGAUGCCGUCUCUUCCCCUGGACGCUCCGGCGCUUCCGGAGUGCUUUGGCUCCGGAGAUCUGGUCAUGCCACACAACUUCCUCUCGGAUCCGAGCGACGGUGACGGGCUGGAGCCUAUGGACGGGGGCAACCGGCCAGUCCCAGUGGAAACCAGUAUGAUGCCCUUAGUUCCGGAUGUUGAGCACUUUCCUGGCUACGUGCCUCAGAGCGGGGAGCCAAGCAUGGAAGGAGAUCGGGAUGGGGGAGAAGAUUCCUCUCUAGCCCCACUGGAGAGCCAGCCCAUCACCUUCACGCCCGAGGAGAUGGAGAAGUACAGCAAGCUGCAGCAGGCCGCCCAGCAGCACAUCCAGCAGCAGCUGCUGGCCAAGCAAGUGAAGGCCUUCCCCACCUCGGCCGCCCUGGCGCCGGCCGCGCCCGCGCUCCAGCCCAUCCACAUCCAGCAGCCGGCGGCGGCGUCGGCCACGUCCAUCACGACGGUGCAGCACGCCAUCCUGCAGCACCACGCCGCCGCCGCUGCCGCCGCCAUCGGCAUCCACCCCCACCCGCACCCGCAGCCCCUCGCUCAGGUCCACCACAUCCCCCAGCCACAUCUGACACCCAUUUCCUUGUCCCACCUGACCCACUCGAUUAUUCCGGGGCACCCCGCCACGUUCCUAGCCAGCCACCCCAUCCACAUCAUUCCGGCGUCUGCCAUCCACCCGGGCCCCUUCACCUUCCACCCUGUCCCUCACGCUCUCUACCCGACCCUCCUGGCUCCGAGGCCGGCAGCCGCCGCUGCUGCCACAGCCCUGCACCUCCACCCCCUGCUGCACCCCAUUUUCUCAGGACAGGACUUGCAGCAUCCACCCAGCCACGGCACAUGAAGGACAAAACGAAGGAACCUCGGAGGAAGGAGAAUAUUUGGUGUUUUGGGAAGAGGUUGGAGUCGAGCCAGCGGGCAGGUGAGGCCUGAGCAUUUCCUUUCACUCUUGAGCAGCCAAAGAAGCCGGGGGCUCGAGGGCUGGGCAGUUGGCUGUAUCCCAGGGAAGUCCCGCUCCGACUCCUCCGUGCACGCGGCAGCACUGCUCCAGAAGAACCAUUUCACCUUUAGAUCAGCGAGACACUUGGAAAGGCUUUUUCUCCCCCCGGAUUCUUACACUUGGUCAUCUUCCUUCUGCCACCUUGUAUAUGAUAAAUGAGGUUUCAUACCCACUGAUAGGAUCUCUAAAAAUCCUUUUAAUGAGGUCAUCUCAUUAAAAUAGCAUGAUUGAACCUGACUUGUAAUCGGUCAUGGAACAUCGGGAGCUGCUGGCUGCAGGGGGGCUGGAGGCCUCAGCUUUCAGGCACUGCAGGAGGUUCCUUGGCCCCUGUCUCUGCAGACAUGGGGUUUUCUUGGUGUGAGCAGCCAAAGUGGAAGAUCUUAGUGUAAAGAGGAGGAGGAGCUCUGUGUGUGUGCCCAGAGCUCCCUUCCUUCCCCAUCCUGCCUCCAAGGUUCUCCUGCGCCAGGACCAUGCCUAAAUAUCCCGGACUGGAGAAAGGUUCUGGGGUUGGGAUUACAGUCUGGGCUUUGACCACUCUUCUCCUAAAUGGGGGGAAAAAAUCACUUUGAAUUCCAUCUUCUGUGGGGUUGGGAAAGAGGCACUGGGAUGGGAGAGAGAAGGAAAAUCCUGUUAGGAAUUGAAGCAAUACAGAGGACGGGGGAGUGCGGCCUGGAUGUAAAACGUGUUCUUUCCUCUGUAACACUGAUGGUUUCCUUAUUAAUUUAUAGGAUUUUUUUUUUAAUGUAAAGAAUUGCACUGAACUCUGUAAACAAAGAUGCUGCUUUUUGUAGCUCCUAUCAAAGGUUACAUUUGUAGUAUAUCGCAAUAAUAUUUUUUACAGCCAGUUCUUAGUGGUACUUGUUCUGGUGGCUUCUGUGUAAAUAUGUUUGCCGUAGGUGACCCAAGACACUUGUAAAGGUUCAAUUUAUAGUUUCAGCUAGAUGCAGAACAGCUAAGCAUGUAUAUUUUAUCAAGCUCAUGUAUUUUUGAAGUUUUUAUGUAGUAUAAAAUGUAAAAACAAACAAAAAAAAUCUUCAUUUAGAAUUUUGCAGAAGAAAAAAAAAAUCAAACGGUGAGACUUGGGCAAGGUGAGGGGUGUGGGGGUGGCAGUGACUCUGGCAGGUUCUGUGUUCUUCCCUGCCAUAGGAAUAGGCACUGGAGCAGCCUGGGGAGCAGCAGGAAUUCAGGGUGCUCCCAGAGAAUAGGAGCCCUUUUUUUUUUCCUUUCCUUUUCCUCCGCUUUGGAAGCAGUAAUGCGCAGACCCUGCUGGUGCAGGAGGAGCCUUGGGACUGUUCCCAGCCCACGCAGAGGGGUUACCCCAGCUUAGUCCAUAAGGGAUUUCCCAGUUCUCCCAGCGUCACCCAGCUCAGGUGACGCUGCCCAUGGGAGCUUCCCCACCCCAGUGCAGGGGAUGUCCCCACUGCUGCUGUCCCCACUCACAGGGCACUGCUGGUGUCACAGCCCUUGGGCCACCACCGCUGGAGGGAGGGAUUUCAGAGCAGUGUGGGGAUGUGGUGACAUCCCUGUCCCUUUCCUGUCCCAUUCUCCAUCUUCAUCCUCUUCCCUGUCCCCUCCUGGAGUGCAGCACGAGGCCAGGCAGAGUCAAAGGAUCAAAACCCCCUGAGCUCCCUCACCGUGUAAAUGAGAGAUUGGAGCAGGUCAGAGUGACAGCAGUCACAAAAAAGGGACUCAAUUUCCUGUACAUACCGAACAAUUCAGUGUUACUGUCAGAGCUGAGCUUCAUGGGGCCCAUCCGUGCCCUGGCCCCAUCAUGCUGGGGGCAGGGAUUGUUUUUGGACUUCAGGAUAGCGCUAAAAUAAUUAACCUGUCAUUACUUACAAGCAUAAACAGACUGUAUUUAACUUUGUCACAUAAGAUAUAUAUAAAAUAUAUAUAUAUGCUGUAAAGUGAGGGGAAAAAAAACCUUUCUAAUAAACCAAUGAUUUGUGGAAAAA